GGUGCUUCGUCUUGCUUGCCCGCCUCCAAACAGCCUUGAUCAGUGGCAGCCGUCCAUUUCCUCUCUCCCUGUAGCGGUAGCAGACCAACCUUCCCAACUCAAACAGACAUGGCUGACCAACUAACAGAAGAGCAGAUUGCAGAGUUCAAGGAGGCCUUCUCCUUGUUUGAUAAGGAUGGAGAUGGGACCAUCACCACUAAGGAGCUGGGAACUGUCAUGAGGUCACUGGGUCAAAACCCAACUGAAGCCGAACUCCAGGACAUGAUCAAUGAGGUUGAUGCAGAUGGUAAUGGGACCAUCGACUUUCCUGAGUUCCUGACAAUGAUGGCAAGGAAGAUGAAGGACACUGAUAGUGAGGAGGAGAUCAGGGAGGCAUUCAGGGUUUUUGAUAAGGAUGGCAACGGUUACAUUAGUGCGGCAGAGCUGCGCCAUGUGAUGACCAACCUGGGAGAGAAGCUGACAGAUGAGGAAGUAGAUGAGAUGAUCAGAGAAGCUGAUAUUGACGGAGAUGGACAGGUCAACUAUGAAGAAUUUGUUCAGAUGAUGACUGCCAAAUGAACGAAGCUCACAUAACAAAGAAUCAGUCAAAUGUUUCACUUACCUCUUAUUGCAAAAAUCUACAUUUAUUCAUACUGUAUAGACAACUUAAACUGAAUGUGAAAACUGAAAAUCUGUCCAUUUAAACAAGCUCAAAAAAGGUAAAAGACAAAACCAAAAUGAAUCUGCAUGUACUGGCUUGUAUUCCCUGCCCCUCCCCCCAAGCGCUGAGCUGCCCAAUCAGAUCUCGACCUGUUAGCUGAGCAGCCUCUCUGCAGCUGGCUCGUUUUGCCACUGCUCCUCUGCUUCCUGGUUCCAUCUGCCUGAUGUCAUGAUGAUUAUUUGGGUUGGCCAAUCGCCUUUCUUCUCUUACUUCCUAUUUAGUUUUUUUUUUCUGUUCUUCAUGCAUGCAGCUUUAGAUGGGUUACUGUUGAGAGCCCAAUGGCAGAAGGCUGUUGAGCUUCACAUUAGCCUGGGACCCACAGUGAGGAGGGAGGGUUAGUUGACAGAUGGAUGGGAGUGAGUGAACCGCAAACCCUGCAGGUUGCUUACCUAAAUGAAGUCAGUGAUGACAGAGAUAUUUUUAAGAAAAAUAUUAAAAUGGAAUAAACAACUCAUUUUAGAUUCUGUGUUUCUGGCAUGUCAGGAUAACUGCUUUAUCUUUUGUGUGUUUACCUUUUUUGAGGGUGAAGCCUGGGCGGGGUAUAGAUUUUAAGGCCCUUUGGACAAUGGGUGUGUCCUAGUCUAUUUGGAGGGGUUGGGUGGGCUGAAAAGAUGAAGAUGUACAAGAGCAAUUUUGGAGGCAAUAUGAGCAUUAUGAGAUUCUGAAUGGUUAAAGAUGCACAAAUGAUUAAAACAGGUCUAAACAAAGCUGCGGACACGGUAACUCCACAGUGGAAGAUAAGUAAGAUGUAGUAUAUUGCCUCGAAUGUUGCUUCUGUCAUUCUACUUGGGUGUUAAAUUUCAGUUUAGUGGGGACAGGGUCGGUGCUUUGCGGCCUUUCUAUCUUGUGUUUGUGUGCGAGUGUGUGUGUGUGUGUGUAUGUGUGGGUGGGUGGGUGCGGCGAGGCCCGGCCCAGUCCAACUGUUCUGUUCAGUUCAGUUGAUCUGCAUUCCAAGUUGUACAUGCUAGUCUUUGCAUUUUGUUUUUCCAAUAAAAUAUCAUGAACUAAGA